UGGUCUUGAUUUCUUUAAUCCGCAGAUGAUCAGAUCAUCAGCGAAGGCGACAACUCGUAUUAAUAUAUAUAUAUGUGAGAGGAUUGUGAUUAGGUUGUCUGUCUCAAGAAUUGGUGACAAUACAAAGCAAUAAUGGGAUUUGCAGUAGCAGAGCAAGGAUGGAGGAAAGGGCCGUGGACGCCGGAAGAGGAUAAGCUGCUUGUGGAGUAUGUUAGCAGCUAUGGAGAGGGGAGAUGGAGCUGCGUCUCUAAGUGUGCAGGUUUGAACAGGAGUGGGAAGAGCUGUAGGCUGAGAUGGGUUAAUUAUUUGAGGCCUGGGCUUAAGAAGGGCCAUAUUACUCCACAAGAGGAAGGGAUCAUCAUUGAACUCCAUUCCCUUUGGGGAAACAAGUGGUCAACUAUAGCAAGGUAUUUGCCGGGGAGGACGGACAACGAGAUAAAGAACUACUGGCGAACGCAUUUCAAGAAGAGGAAGUCGCCGUCGUUGUCAUCGCGUGAUGAGAUGAAUGGGCAAUGCCGGAAGGAAGCUAGGAUUGAUGAUAAGAUUAGUGAUGAAGAAGGGAAGAAAGAGGGAGUCAUGGAGAAUGAUGGACUAAUGUUGGGAAGGGGUCAUGAUGAAUAUUGUAACAAUAGCAGCAGGUGGAGUUGGUCUGAUUUUGACAACUGCUUGAAUGUUGGUGGAUUAUGGGAUAUGGAUGAGCAGAGUGGAUGCAGUAAGACGGCCAUUCACAAUCAGGCUGGAGGCUAUUCGCGCGGUGGCGGUGGCGGUAGUGAUGCUAUGGAUUAUAUUAAUGGAGGAGGAUAUAUAUUUUGAGAUGUAUAGAUUCAAAUGGUGAUAUGUAAUUUUGGUAUUUCUUGUUUAGUGGAGUAGUUUGGUUGUGGGAUUGAUACUCAAUAACAGGAUUCCAAAACUAUGUACUUGUAUGUUUACUAAUCCGAAAUUCAGAAUCGAGAUUAUUACUCAA